AUGCUAGAAACCAUCCUACCAACAGCUAGCCCAGACUUCAUGUCUGAUAUCUUUGAUUUCUUCAGUUUGGCUUCCUACAAUUGGAUCUUUCGUCUUACCACCGUUACUUUUGCAAUCAUUAGCUCUACAACAUAUAUUUGGAUCAGGGUAUUACAUUACCUCUCAUUAUACUACGAAACAUCUAUAACUAUCGAUUCUGAUGAUCCCAUUUAUACUCAUGUCAUGUCAUGGCUUGCCGUGAAUGUAUCGACACGGAGAUUGCAAGCAAGAACAGCGAAGGCCAGUGGAUAUUCUGAGGAUCAGACGAGAGUCAUGGAGUAUAAUGCUUCAGCAAGGGACGGAAAGUUUCAUUUGAUCGAAUGGCAAAAGUUUACAAAGCCGGACUUUGAACCCCAUGUUGGCGAACAUAUCUUUUUCUUUCGAGGCAGAAGAUUCUGGAUCACACGAAACAAGAAUGAUAGUCUUUUACAGGACCACCUCCUUUCUGGGAAUCAAUUUAGUAUUAACAAAUCAGAAUACAUCCGCAUCUCCUGCUGGGGCCAAUCCGCCGACCCCAUCAAAGAAUUCCUCCAAGAAUCAAAAUCCAUCUACCUAACCCAAGAGUGCUCCAAAACUCGAAUCUUCCGUGCAAAGGAUAUUUCCUGGAGUCCCAGAUGGUACUGCGCCGCCACCCGCGCCACCCGUCCAAUCAGCACCAUCAGUCUUGACGAAUCUACAAAAAAGGCGCUCUUACGAGACGUCAAUGAGUUUUUAAACCCAAAGGCUCCAAGGUGGUAUGCUAACAGAGGAAUCCCUUAUCGAAGGGGUUACUUACUCCAUGGACCACCGGGGACCGGAAAGACUUCCUUGAGCUUUGCGUUGGGUGGAUUGUUCGGGUUGCCGAUUUAUUGUUUGAGUUUGGUGGAUACGGGUAUGACGGAGGAUAAAUUAUUGGCAUGCUUUGGAGCUUUACCGAAUAGAUGUAUUGUGCUAUUGGAAGAUAUCGAUACUGUGGAUAUUAGCAGGAGAAGAGAUGGAUCGGCGGGUGGGGAUCAAGGCAAGGGGGAGCAUAAAACACAAAUGACAUUGUCUGGACUGUUGAAUGCUAUCGACGGGGUAGCUAGCCAUGAGGGACGAAUCCUCAUAAUGACCACAAACCACCCCGAAGUUCUCGAUCCAGCUCUCGUCAGAAAGGGUCGAGUAGACCUCGAAGUCCCCUUCGGCCUUGCCACAAAAGAACAAAUAGUCAACUUAUUCACAAUAAUGUACUCUCAUGACUACGACGAUGAAGAACAAGGUGACGAAAUUGCGAAGGAGAAGCUUAUAGCAGCAGCUCUUCGGUUCGGUGACCUAUUGGAUGCCGAUAUCUUCUCGCCUGCGGAGAUUACGGAGUUUCUGAUGGUUAGAAAAGAUGAUUAUUGGAAAGCUUUGCGUGAUGUGACGCAGUGGAAGGAGGAGGUUCUUGCUAAGAGAGAGGAGGUGACGAAAAGAUUUAGGGAGUUGAGGGAUAAAAGAGAUUAG